AUGAGCACCUAUCAACCCGGAUCACAUAUACAAAAUUUUCUUCGAAAAUCCUCAUCAAUAGCUUCAAGUGAACCAUCUUCUUCUUCAACUUUACCUCCACGAAAUUCGAAUGACAAUUCACAAUUUCCAAAACGAAUGUUCGCACUUCGAAGUGUUUCGGAUCGCGCUGGAGCUGGAGCUGGAGCUUCUGCUGGAAGCUCAAAAACACCCAUAGAAAAAGGGACAUCAGUUGAUAUGAGCAAUAUAUCACAAAUUCACGCGUAUAUCUUAUCAAAAAUGCCCGAAGGCGAUGCGAAGGAGAAAUUUUUGAAGAGUAUUUUGGAUUUUGGCGCGGGACCAACUUCGAGACGUGGAUCGAAAGAGGAUUCGGCACAUUCUUUGAGAAAUACCAAUAGUAAAUCGUCGAUUAAUAGUAGCAGUAAUGUUAGUUUGGGAGGGAGUACUGUAGAUUUAGGUUUUGAAAUUCAUCCAUAAGUACUGUAGAUCUUCAAGAUUACUGUAGAGAUAGUGUUGAUUUUGCAGAAGAAAAAUUAGAUUUUUGUAACUUUAUUUUUUUUGCCACGUGGAUUUACAUUAAUUUUCAAGCUUUUUUUUCUGACACUAAUUAGGAAACCUCAAAAAACCCGCGUUAUUGCGUAGUGUCGUUGUAAAGUGCAUUUUUGCGUAGCAGUGUUUUCCAACGACACUACGCAAUGACGCCACGUGGAUUUCACGCGGUGUUUUUUCAGUUUUAAAAAAUUAUUUUAUGGAAAAAAAAAUUUAAAAAAAAAUUUUUUUGACAACAAAUUUCGAUUCAGAAAAUGUCUGAAUCGAAAUUUUUUGUUUUUUUUUGAAUUAUUUUUUUUGCCACGUGGAUUUACACAAAUUUUGAAAAACCGCGUGAAAUACACGUGUGGCGUUAUUGCGUAGUGUCGUUGGGAAGUAUUUGAAUUGUGCCAACGACACUACGCAAUGACGCCACGUGAAUUUCACGCGGUGUUUUUUCAGUUUUUAAAGAAAUUCUAGAUUUUUUUUUCGAAUUUCAGGAAAUCUGGAAAUUUGCCAAGAUGCAAAAAAAAAAUGAAUUUUUCAAAAAACCCGCGUGAAAUACACGUGGCGUCAAUGCGUAGUGUCGUUGGCAAAAUAACAUUGUGAAAUUUUUUGUGACUGCAACGACACUACGCAAUGACGCCACGUGGAUUUCACGCGGGUUUUUCGAAAAUUGUUUUUUUUUUUCGUAAAAACCUCACGUUUCCGCAAAAAUGCAGAAUUUUUGAAUUUUAAAAAUUCAAUUUUUUCCCAACAACACUACGCAAUGACGCCACGUGUAUUAUUUCACGCGGUUUUUCUGAAUUUUCGAAAACACGUGGCGCGUUAUUGCGUAGUGUCGUUGUUAAAUAACGUGAAUUUUUGUGUGGCAGUAAAUGCACUCAAAUUAUAUUUUUCCAACGACACUACGCAAUAACGCCACGUGAAUUUCACGCGGGUUUUCUGAAUUUUCGAGAAAAAAAUCAAUCCCCAUUUUCUUUCUGAAAAUUGCAUUUUUUUUUCUUCUUCUCAAGUUACUCACAAACUUACUUUUUCUCCCAAUACCGAGAUUGUAGCGAAAAAUCUCAAGAGUUUUCCACUUUUUUGUGCGCCGUUCGCGCACCUUGCGCAAAAUAGCACGCAAAUUCGAGAGAUUUAGAAUAGAGAUAUGGGGGAGGGAUGGAACGGGGGUUUUUUUUGCUGUGCUGUGCACAGCAUUUUCAUUUUUCAAGUUUUUCGAAAAACGCGACUUAUCAUUUUAAAUAGUUUGUGUGUGUGGUGGAAAAAGGAUAGGAGCAAAAUUAUUCUAAUUCAUUUUUGAGCAUCGAAAAAUAAUUCGGCACGGUUUGAAAAGUGAGUUUAAUCCAAAAUUCGCUGUCCAAAACAAAAACCCUGCUGAAGUACGGUAGAAAAACCUGCACAUCUUACUUUUGGAUUUUGCAGUUAGAUACGCAGGUUAUACUGUACUUUUUUGUACAGGAAAAUUCUUUGUGCUCUAGUUUUCUAUGCUUUGGUUUCUCUGCGUCUCUAACUUUAUGAUAGUAUCUGGCUGUCUAGUUUCUCUGCGUCUCUAGCUAUCUUGCGCGAAGCGCCCCGGAAAAUUCCGCGUAAGCGGUGUCGAGCGGAGCGAGUGUAUCUCCCUCUGCGUCUCUAACUUUCUCCUACUCUCUAGCUGUCUGCACUCUCUCCAAAUCCUAUGCUCUCUAGCUUUGGAAAAUAUAUAUCUCCCUCUACGUCUCUAACUUUCUCAUACUCUCUAGCUGUCUAGUUUCUCUGCGUCUCUAACAUUUCUCUCUAGCUAUCUUGCGCGAAGCGCCCCGGAAAAUUCCGCGUAAGCGGUGUCGAGCGGAGCGAGUGUAUUUUCCUCUACGUCUCUAACUUUCCUGGCAUCUCUAGCCGUCUAGUUUCUCUACGUCUCUAACUUUCUAGCUAUCUUGCGCGAAGCGCCCCGGAAAAUUCCGCGUAAGCGGUGUCGAGCGGAGCGAGUGUAUAUUCACUCUGCGUCUCUAACUUUCACAUACUCUCUAGCUGUCUGCACUCUCUCCAAAUCCUAUGCUCUCUAGCUUUGGAAAAUUCCGCGUAAGCGGUGUCGAGCGGAGCGAGUGUAUAUCCCUCUACGUCUCUAACUUUCCUAUUAUCUCUAGCCGUCUAGUUUCUCUGCGUCUCUAACUCUCAUACUCUCUAGCUAUCUUGCGCGAAGCGCCCCGGAAAAUUCCGCGUAAGCGGUGUCGAGCGAAGCGAGUGUAUCUCCCUCUGCGUCACUAGCUGUCUAGUUUCUCUGCACUCUCUACCUGUCUGCCUCCUCUCUCAAAAUCCUAUUCUCUCUAGUGUAUCUCCCUCUGCGUCUCUAACUUUCCUGUCAUCUCUAGCCGUCUAGUUUCUCUAGCUGCCUGCCUGCCUAUAAAAUGACAUAAUUCUAUCUAGUUUCAAUAUGUUUCAAUAUUUUUUUCGGUUCUGCCAAUCCCAAUAAUAUCAAAAAGCUCUCAUUGGGGGCCUAUCAUCACUUAUUUAUCUAUCACAUCUCUCAAUUUCUUCUUCAAAAACAUCCUUCUUUUUUUCAUUAUUAUAUUAUUCUUGCUUUUCCCCCGCCGGACUUUUUUUCGAAUUCCAUUUAUUUUUGGUAUCUAGAGAAUUUCAUUUCGAAAAAAACCCGAUUUUUGGUGGCUGGUUCAUAUAGAUUCUAGACGAACAAAAUGGGGGAAGGAGAUUCGGAUGAAUCCGAUUUGGUAAGGCGUCAUUGCGUAGUGUCGUUUGAUCUCGAGAAAAUCAAGUGCCCAGAAAGUUCUAGAGGAGAAAAACCGCGUUAUUGCGUAGUGUCGUUGGCAAAUUUUGCAUUUUCCCACUACAACACUACGCAUUGACGCCACGUGGAUUUCACGCGGGGUUUUUGAAAAAUUCAUUUUUUUCUCAAUAAGAUUUUUAGCAGGUUUUCAAAUCUCUUAGCCUCGGAAUCCACGUGGCAAAACAAAAAUCGAUUUUUUCCCCCGUCAUGAAAAAAUGACCUAUGCACUUCUACCUUUUUUUGCUGGCCAGGUAGAAAAAUAACAUUUCGUGUAUUGAUCUUCUUAUUUUUGCCCCCGGUCAUGUAACUUUCUUCUUCAAAUUUUUUCUAGCUGAUUUUCUUAUCUUCUCAUUUUUUUUCAUUGCUCUUCUCCUUGUUGUUGUUGUCUUUUCGACUUGGCCCAACUCAACAUUGAGAAAAAAGUGUAAAAACUUUUUUUUUGAAGAGGAAGGAGGCGGUUGCCAUUCACACUUUCAUCUUUCCAAUCAUUCUCGCAAAAAAAUCAAUUUUUUUUUGAGGGGAAAAAUCGAUAGAUUUAGAGAGUAUGGGAAGGUUAGAGACGCAGAGAAACUAGAGCUUGGAACAUUUUUUUUUGAAAAAAAAUUUACGUGGAAAUUUUGGAGAAAAUAUUUUCACGUAGAAAUUUAGCGAAAAAAAAAUUGCGUGAAAAAUUUUUGAAAAUAAAGUUAACUUAAAAAUUUUGCGAAAAAACGAAAUUUUCACGUGAAAAAUUUUUCGAAAAAAAAUUUACGUGGAAAUUUUUGAAUAAAGUUCACAUGGAAAUUUGAAAAUAAAGUUCACGUGAAAAUUUUUUCAAAACUUCACGUGAAACACGUGAAAAAUUUUGAAAUAAAAAGUUCACGUGACUUAAAAAUUUAAAAAAUAAAGUUCACGUGAAAAAUUUUUUGCAAAAAAAUAGAUCACGUGAAAAUUCAAAAAUAAAGUUCACGUGAAAAAUUUUUCGAAAAAAAGUUUACGUAACAAUUUAAAAAAAAAUUUCACGUAGAAAUUUUUUGGAAAACAUAUUUUCACGUAGAAAUUUAGCGAAAAAUAAAGUUCACGUGAACAAAUUUGAGAAGGUUAGAGACGCAGAGAAACUUAGAGACGCAGAGGAAGAUACACUAGAGAUCAUAGGAUUUGAGAGAGAGAGAGUCCAGAGAAACUAGACAAUUAGAGAGGUUAGAGACGCAGAGAAGAGAACUGUUUUUUUUUCAAUCUACGUGAUUUCCAACAUAGCUCAACUCAGAAAAAAAGAAGCACUUGAGAAACAGAACAACUUGAGAAAUAACAGUUUUGGGGGAAACAAUGGGAAAAAACGAUCAAUAAAUAAAUAAAUUAAUUAUUUUUUUUAUUUUUUACAGGAAUCUCAAUUGGACGAGAUUCCAAGUUCGGGUCUGACGAUCCCAGAGGAGCGCCGUCGAGAAUUAUUGGGUCAGAUUGGAGGUGGAGAAAGUGACGACGAGGUGGGUGUGAUUUUGUAUUUCAUUUUUUUUUUUGAAAUUUUCAAAAAUCUAAAAAUUGGAUCUUCAAUUUUCACAAAUGUUUACUGAUUUUCCAAAAAAAAAAAAUUCGGAAAAUCUGAAUUUUUUUCUGAUUUUUUGAAAAGAAAUUUAUCCAUUUCAGAACUUUUUUGCCAAAUCAAGUGUAGAUCCGUCCUGAUUUCUUGGAAAAAUUUCGAACUCUAAAAUAUCCAUGUUAAAAAUUUUUCUAACUAACUUCUCUGCGUCUCUUGAAAAUCAGUUAUCUCUAAUUUUUCUGCUUCUCUGCGUCUCUAACCUUCUCGUUAUUCCUAGAUGUCUAGUUUCUCUGCGUCUCUAACCUUCUCGGUAUACUCUCUAGCUGUCUAGUUUCUCAGCAUCUCUAACCUUCUCAUACUCUCUAGAUAUCUAUCUUCUCUGCACUCUCUCCAAACCCCAUUAUCUCUAUUGUAUCUCCCUCUGCGUCUCUAACCUUCUCCUAUUCUCUAGCUGUCUAGUUUCUCUACGUCUCUAACCUUCUCAUACGCUCUAGCUGUCUAGUUUCUCUGCGUCUCUAACUUUCUAGCUAUCUUGCGCGAAGCGCACCGGAAAAUUCCGCGUAAGCGGUGUCGAGCGAAGCGAGUGUAUCUCCCUCUGCGUCUCUAACCUUCUCAUACUCUCUAGCUGUCUAGUUUCUCUGCGUCUCUAACCAUCUCAUACUCUCUAGCUAUCUUGCGCGAAGCGCCCCGGAAAAUCCCGCGUAAGCGGUUCGAGCGCAGCGAGUGUAUCUCCCUCUGCGUCUCUAACCUUCUCAUACUCUCUAGCUGUCUGCCUUCUCUUCUCCCCAUUUUUUCGACGAUUUUCAGAGCUUUGAGACCCCCCCCCAUUUCCCCCAAGUGUUUGUUUACACAACAAGAUGAUCAAGAGUUGUGUCAUGUUAGAUCUAUUAGAUCCACAGAAAAUCAAUUUUUGAUUUUGCAGGUAUCCGAAUCGAUAUCAGAACUUCCAUCAUUUGCCGGAGGAAAACCUCGCCGAAAGACUGAUGUGAGUUUUCAGUUUUUCCCAGUUUUUUUUCAGCUAGUUAGCCUAUCUAUCCUAUAUACCAAUACACACAAUGAGAUAAUAAUGUGUGCGUAGGUGGUUAAGAUAAGCAAAGUUUUUUUGUUGCUUCUUGCGCAAACAAACUCCCCAAGAUAUCUUCGAUUUUUUCUUCUGUUCUCCUCGUUUUUUUUUUUGAAUUUUUGUAUGGUUUUGUUUUGUUAUUGUCUCCCUGUCUUUGUCUUGUCUCCGUCCAAAAAUCGUCCUUUCCAGACUCCAGAAAUGUUUUCACGUGACACAUUGCUUCGUAAAACCACAACGUCUUCUUCGAGAAAAGAGACGUCUACAGAGGUAUUUUUGUUUUUGUCCACAGGGUUGGAAAAUUCGAGUUAUGACGUGGCAAAGUUUCAAAACAUCAUCCCCUUUCUUUUCACCAACAUUUACACCUGCGGGCGGAGAAGAGGCAGAUGGCCGAGUGGCUAAGAUUUUUGACUAGCGUGCGUGAGACCCGGGGUUCGAGCCCUACUGCCCGCCAACAUAUUUUUUUUCAAAAAUUUCGACACGCUGAGCACUAAUCCGAUGUCUAAAAUUUUUCUAACAAUGAGUCAUGACGUGGCAUUUUGAAAAACGGGACUUUAGAGUUUGGGCUUUUCCGAAUGCAAGGUAUACGAUAGCAAUUUGGGGUCAAGAUGUUUUCCUUAGGCUUAGGUUUAGUUUUAAGAUAAUAGUUAAACUUAGGCUUAGUUAGUCUUAGGCUUAGUUAGGCUUAGGCUUAGUUAGGCUUAGGCUUAGUUAGUCUUAGGCUUAGUUAGGCUUAGGCUUAGGCUUAGUUAGGCUUAAGCUUAGUUAGGCUUAGGCUUAGUUAAGCUUAGGCUUAGUUAGGCUUAGGCUUAGGCUUAGUUAGGCUUAGGCUUAAGCUUAGCUAGGCUUAGGCUUAGGCUUAGUUGAGCUUAGGCUUAGUAAAGCUUAGACUUAGCUAGGCUUAGGCUUAGUUAAGUUUAGGCUUAGUUAAGCUCAGGCUUAGUUAGGCUUAGGCUUAGUUAGGCUUAGGCUUAGUUAAGCUUAGGCUUAGUUAGGCUUAGGCUUAGUUAGGCUUAGGCUUAGUUAGGCUUAGGCUUAGGAUUAGCUUAGUUAGGAUUAGGCUUAGUUAAGCCUAGGCUUAGUUAAGCCUAGGCUUAGUUAAGCUUAGACUUCAUUAGGCUUAGGCUUAGUUAGGCUCAGGCUUAGGUAAGCUUAGGCUUAGGAUUAACCUUAGGCUUAGUUAAGCUUCCUAAAAACUCUAGAUCAGGAAAAUCCACGUCAUAACUCAUGUCAUUUUUCCAACCUUGUAAAAUUGUCCAAUUUUGUCUUCUGUCCAUUUUCACGUUCUCCCAAUUUUCAAGGAAAAAACCCAACUUCGCAAAACCAUCAAAAAAGCGGCGGAUGGCGAACUGGAUUUCAAAGCGAUGGUGAAGCUCAAAAAAGUUGUGCAGCAGAAGGAGGACUCUGACAAAUCCUUCUCUCUGGAUCGCACCGAUUCGCAAUCAUCGCUCUUCUCUUCCGAAUCAAGAUCUAGACGUGGAAGUACAGUUCUAGAUGCUUCUCAACCAGCGCCAAGUCCUUUUGGUCAACUCAAAAAGAUCAAAAAGAUCGGAGGACUCGAAAAAUCCGAUUCCGCCGCAAGUUUGAAGAAUGGCGGAGACGAGGGUGCUUUCAAGGUACAACUCAAAAAAGUUGUGAAGAAGGAGAGUGUGGAGACGAAAACUAGCACAUUGAAGCAGAAGGCUGAGGUGGAAUCGGGGGUGUCGACAGAGUUCAAGAUGGAAAAACGGCAACGGACAAAGUUGGAGAAGUUUGAGAAAACUGAUACGGAUCGAGCAAAGGUUCGAGGGGUUUCUAAGGAAGAAAAUGAAAAAAAAUACUUGUUUGAAGCUCUUAGUUCAACUAUAGUCUAGUUCGAUGAUUCAGGAAAAAACUGAUUUUUCUAUAGAAAUUGUUUCAGUUUUUGACCCAAAAAUGCGAUUAGCUUAGUUCAACUAUAGUCUAGUUCGAUUUUAAAAAAUCAGAAAAUUUCAAUUAGAAAUCGCUGCCCCUGAAAAAACACAAAAAGCGCAACGUCAACGCGGAGUCUCGUUGUUUUCUUUUUAUUUUUCCAUUUUUUUCUUUUUUGCGCUGAUUUUUCUCUCGAAAAAGUUCAUAAAAUGGGGGGAAAAAUUGGAUUUUAUCAGAAAAUACCCCGGAAAUUUUAUGAAAUUUGAUUUGUCAUUAUUUUUGACUGAAAAACUCAAAAAAUCCACAAUUUUCUUUGAAAAAUCAAUUUUUUCCUUGGAAAUUUUCAUUUUUGCCAAAAAAAAAAUAAAACAACAAGACUCCGCGUUGACGUUGCACGUGUGGUUUGAAUUUUAUUUUUUUUGCGAUUUUUUAUCCCCAGAAAACAGUUUUUUUCAUGAAAAAUAACAUUUUCCCAAAAAAAAUUUGAAAAUAGAAAUAAAAAUAAAACAACGAGACUCCGCGUUGACACCUGCGCGUUUUGUGUUUUUUUUUUGCGGGCUUCCAUACUAAUCGAAAUUUUCUGAAUUUUUUUCAUCGAACUAGACUAUAGUUGAGACAAGCAAAAAUCUAAUGGGGUGAUUCAAGUCGAAAAAAAAAAUUAAAAAAAAAAAAAAAAAAUUUUUUUUAAAUUUUUGUGUGGAAAAAUGUAAAAAAUAUAGGAAAAAAUAUAGUUUUUCGACAUUUUCUGAAUCGAAAAAAAUUUCAAAAAAAAAAAAAUUGUUUUUUUUUACUUGAACCACCCCCCUGAUCCUGUAUGUCUCCAUGUCUACUAACCUCCAUGUCAACAAAUCUAACCCUCUCCAUGUGCUCCUCCUAUUCCAUGUGCUCCUCCCUAACCCUCUUCUUCCCCUCCUAAUUUGCUCCCUGAUCUUUAGGAAAACAAGCCGAAACGCGUCAGCAUCGCCACCAAUCAAGAUCAAGAUCCACCGACAACUCCAAUUGUAAGAGAUCUGAUGAGAGAGAUCAGGCAUGGUUUGGUUUGAUUUGAGGUGCGCUAACAAUUCUAUACUACUACUAAAAAAAUUCAGCGAAAAUUUUAAAUCUCAAAUUUUAAGAGUCAUUUACCUAACCAAACUUUCUAGCUUCAACAAAACAAAUCGGAAGAAAGUUCAAAAUCCGAAGAUGCUCCUCCAAAAUCUCAACUCAAAGGCCGUCAAGUCGGCAACAAACGUCAAAUCCCACCGCCAAAAGAGGAAGAAGUCCCGAAUUUCUCCAAGAUCCAACUGAAAAAGGUGGCGAAGAAGGAGAAGGAGGAGGUCAACGAGAUGGAGGGCAUCAAACUAAAGAAGGUCAUGCCGAAACACGUCACUUUGGAUGACAAUGAUAGUCAAUCGGAGUCCGAAUCGCGUCGCGGUUCGAUUUUUGGCGAAUUCCGAAGAGGAGGAUCGGAUUCGAGGAGAGAAUCUAUUGUGAGAAUCUAGCUAGAACUCCCAUUUUCAGAUUUAUUCUAACAUUUUGUCUGAGUUUUCUAAUAACACAUCUAACUCCAGAAAGAUCUAGAAAAAAUCUAUGAAUUUUCAGAGACGCUCAAGUAUCGAUAUGCGACGCGUAUCGGUUCAAGAAAUCAUGGAAAAACAGUCGACACCGCUCGUCCCAAGCGGUGCAUCUGGCAGUGCUCCAAAAAUCGUCGAAGUCCCAGAGAAUGUUACAGUUGUUGAAAGUGAGUUGGGGUGAUUAGAGGGUUCAGGACAGGCCUAAGGCCGGAAAAGGUUCAAGACAGGCCUGGGCCUGAAAAGUUUCAAGACAGGCCUGGUCCGGAACAGGUUCAAGACAGGCCUAAGGCCGGAAAAGGUUCAAGACAGGCCUGUGCCGGAAUUAAGACAGGCCUGUGCCAGGAAGACAGGCCUGUACAGGAAAGGCAGGCCUGUGCCAGAAAGACAGGCCUGUACAGGAAAGACAGGCCUGUACAGGAAAGACAGGCCUGUGUCGGAAACACAGGCCUGUGUCGGAAUGACAGGCCUGUGCCGGAAAUACAGGCCUGUACCAGACAGACAGGCCUAUGUCGGAAAGACAGGCCUGUCACGACCAUUUACUCCAAUAGAAAAUUGCCCGUCGGGUCAGACGAGAGACGACGGGAGUCUGAUGACGUCAUCAGAGUUAGAGAAAGACAUCGCUUCGAGAUAUUUUUGAGAAAAUAUGUGUCCCUUUGAAAAAAUACCGUAUUUUGUUUCAAGGAACACAUGUUUUAUUGAAAUAAUAUCUCGAAGCGAAAUUCAUUUUCGGGAUUUUUUUUGUUGCAAAAUACUCUCGUCGUCUCGCGUCUGACUCAACGGGAGCCCCUUGUAUGGUCAUGCUGUGUCGGAAAGGCAGACCUGUCCCGGAAAGAAAUUUCCGGCACAGGCCUGGUUCGAGACAUGUGCAGGAAGUUCUCAAAGUGAACCUUCUGAUUCAAAUUCUGAAUUUCGGAUCAAUCAGUAACCACCCGAAGGUUCCCUAGAUUCUAGAUUUCCCCCAAAAUCCAAUUUUUUUGCAGACGAGACAGCAAUAUUGACAUGCAAAGUGUCGGGUAGUCCCGCCCCCACUUUCAAAUGGUACAAAGGAAAUCGCGAAGUGUUGAACGGUGUUCGCUUCAAACAUCUCACCGAUGGCAAAGAGAGCACCGUCUCACUUGCCGUGCUCAAAUGUCGAUCACAGGAUGACGGUCCCUACACCCUGACGAUCGAAAAUGCACACGGAACAGAUAGCAUUGAUGUCAAACUUCUAGUCACUUCAGAUAAUGGAGUGGAUUUCCGAACAAUGCUCAAGCACAGGUAAGUACUUAAACUGAUUAAAAAAAAAAAAAAAAAAAUUUUUACUACCCUUUUAAUUUUUUUCCUAACACUUUCUCCCAAUUUAGCGCACAACUUCGACAGAUUUCUCCAGGAAAAAGGUUUUUAGAAAUAUUUUUUGUUGAAAAAAUGCAUGGCAUAUUUUUAGUUCAGCUUUUGAUUCAUAUGAUUUUUGCGCGGUGUCCAAAAAUCAGAAAAAUUUGCCUGUUCGAAAAGACACCGUACCACCUGCGUAUCUAACUCCAACAAAAUCUCAAUAGGCUAAUUUGUAUAGAUUAAGUUUUCACGUGAAAAUUUAAAAAUAAAGUUCACGUGAAAAAAUUUUCAAAAAAAAAUUUACGUAAAAAAUUUUGGAAAAACAUUUUCACGUAGAAGUUUUGGAAUAAAAUUCACGUGAAAAAUUUGAGAAGGUUAGAGACGUAGAGGAAGAUAUACUAGAGAGAAUAGGAUUUGGAGAGAGUGCAGAGAGCUAGAGAGUAUGAGAAAGUUAGAGACGCAGACUAGACAAUUAGAGAGUAGGAGAAGGUUAGAGAGCAUAGGAAGACGGGAGAGAAGCUAGACAGCUAGAAACUAUCAUGAAGUUAGAGACGCAGAGCAACCAGGUGGUUAGAGAGCACAGAAUGCAAUCAGAGACACAGAGAAACUAGAUUGUCAGAGAGCAUAGGAACACGAGAGAAGCUAGAGAAGCUAGACAGCUAGACACUAUCAUGUAGUUAGAGAUGCAUAGAAACCAGGUGGUUAGAGAGUACCGAAUGCAAUCAGAGACGCAGAGAAAUUAGAUGGUCAGAGAGUAUAGGGAACUAGAGAGCAUAGAGAAAUUAGACAGCUAGAUUCUACUAUAAAAUGAGAGACGCAGAGAAAUCAUUCUAGUGUUAAAUUUCUCGAGUUAGAUGUGCAGGUUCUACCGUACUUCAGCACGGUUUUCGGACAGGGAAAUUUUCUGUUUUUGGACACCGCAUUCACAAACUUCUCCGAUAAUCCCAAUAAUUUUCCAGAGAAUCUCAAGCCGGUUUCCAAAAAGAUGAAGAAGGUGGCGCCGGCGGUCCAGGCGGCGCGAAACAAAAACCAAUGACCGAAGCCGAACGCCGUCAAUCGCUAUUCCCCGGCAAAAAAGUCGAGAAAUGGGAAGUGCCGCUACCCGAAAAGACUGUGCAACAACAAGUCGACAAGAUCUGCGAAUGGAAGUGCACCUAUUCGCGUCCCAACGCCAAAAUUCGUUGGUACAAAGAUCGCAAAGAGAUCUUCUCCGGUGGUCUCAAAUACAAAAUUGUUAUCGAGAAAAACGUGUGCACGUUGAUCAUCAAUAAUCCCGAAGUUGAUGAUACCGGAAAAUACACAUGUGAGGCGAAUGGUGUGCCAACACACGCUCAAUUAACUGUCCUCGAACCACCCAUGAAGUACAGCUUCUUGAAUCCAUUACCGAACACUCAGGAGAUCUAUCGAACGAAGCAGGCGGUGUUGACGUGUAAAGUGAACACGCCACGUGCACCCCUGGUUUGGUGGAGAGGAAAUAAGGCGAUCGCCGAGGAUGACAAACGAUUUAUCAUUGAGAAAGACGCCGUGGGUCGAUGCACUUUGACAAUUAAAGUUGUUGAGGAAGAUGAUCAAGCUGAAUGGACAGCGAGAAUUACACAGGAUGUGUUCUCGAAGUGUCAGGUUUAUGUGGAAGAACCGCGGCAUACGUUUGUUGUGCCGAUGAAAUCGCAAAAAGUAAACGAAGGUGAUGAAGCGGUGCUUGAGACUGAUGUUAAUGAUAAGGAUGCUGAUGUUGUUUGGUGGCAUGAUGGAAAGCGGAUUGAUAUUGAUAACAACAAGUUAGUUAGACGGGGGAUGGGGGGGGGUAGAGUCUAGGGUAGAGACGCAGAGAGGCUAGAGACGCAGAGAGACUUGCUAGAUCAGAUUUUGACUUCACCCUAUGAUCGUUUAAAAAAUAUCCUAGGCUUUAAUCUGAGCAAUCUUCUAAGAAUGAUCACAGUAAGAUUCCAGGGAUCUAACCUGAGCAAUAUUCUACAACUUAUGAGUGAGGAUUCCUGGGCUAUAAUCUGAGCAAUAUUCAAAAAAUUAUUUUGGGCUUUAACCUGAGUAAUAUUCUGAAAAUUAUCACAUUAAGAUUCGAUUCCUGGGCUUUAAUAUGAGCAAUCUUUUGAAAAUUAUCUUGGGCUCUAACCUGAGCAAUCUUCUGAAAAUUAUCCUGGGCUUUAGCCUGAGCAAUCUUCAAAAAACUAUUACAGUAAGAUUCCUGGGCUCUAACCUGAGCAAUCUUGUGAAUAUGAUUCUGGGCUCUAACCUGAGCAAUCCUUUAAAAAUUAUCUUGAGCUUUAACCUGAGCAAUCUUUUAAAAAUAUCCGGGAUUUUAACCUGAGCAAUCUUCUGAAAAUUAUUCUGGGCUUUAACAUGAGCAAUCUCUAAAAUAUUAUUCUGGGCUCUAACCUGAGCAAUCUUCUGGAAAGUAUAACAGUAAGAAAUCUGAGCUUUAACCUGAGCAAUCUUCUGAAAAUUAUCCUUGGCUCUAAUCUGAGCAAUCUUUUAAAAAUUAUCCUGGGCUUUAACAUGAGCAACAUUCUAAAAAUUAUCCUGGGCUCUAAUCUGAGCAAUAUUCUACAAUUCAUAGUGAGAUUCCUGGGCUAUAAUAUGAGCAAUCUUUUACAAUUUAUAGGGAGAUACCUGGGCUUUAACCUGAACAAUCUUUUAAAAAUUAUCCUGGGCUUUAACCUGAGCAAUAUUCUGAAAAUUAUCCUGAACUAUAAUCUGAGCAAUAUUCUAAAAAUUAUUUUGGGCUUCAACCUGAGCAAUAUUCUGAUAAACAUGACAUUAAGAUUCGAUUCCUGAGCUUUAACCUGAGCAAUCUUUUGAAAAUCAUCCUGAGCUCUAAGCUGAGCAAUGUUUAAAGUUCAUCACAGUAAGAUUCCUGAAUUAUAAUCUGAGCAAUCCUCUACAAUUCAUAGUGAGAUAUCUGGGCUCUAACCUGAGCAAUUUUCUAAAAAUUAUCCUUGGCUUUAAUCUGAGCAAUCUUUUAAAAUUCAUCACAGUAAGAUUUCUGAGCUAUAACCUGAGCAAUCUUCUGAAAAUCAUCCUGGGAUCUAAUCUGAGCAAUCUUCAAAAAAUUAUUUUGGGCUUUAACCUGAGCAAUAUUUUAAAAAUUAUAGUGAGAUCCCUGGGCUCCAAUCUGAGAAAUCUGUAAAAAUUUGCCAGGGCUCUAACAUGAGCAAUCUUUUUAAACAUAUCCUGAGCUUUAAUCUGAGCAAUCUUCUACAACUUAUAGUGAGAUACCUGGGCUUAACAAAAAACUAUUACAGUAAGAUUUCUGAGCUAUAACCUGAGCAAUCCUCUACAAUGCAUAGUGAGAUUCCUGGGCUCUAAUCUGAGCAAUCUUUUGAAAAUUAUUCUGGGCUUUAACCUGAGCAAUCUUCGACAAUUCAUAGUAAGAUCUAGAAUUCUAAACAGAAUUUUUGCAGAUACAAAGUCGAAUCGCACAACAGAAAACGUCGACUAAUCAUCGCGGCCGGAAAAAUCGAAGAUCACGGAGAAUACAAAUGCACCACCAAGGACGAUCGAACAAUGGCUCAAUUGAUCGUCGAUCCAAAGAACAAAUUCGUCGUCGCGUUGAAAGACACCGAAGUCGUCGAAAAAGAAGAUGUGACAUUGAUGUGUCAGACAAAAGACACCAAAACACCCGGAAUAUGGUUCCGUAACGGAAAACAAAUCUCGAGUAUGCCUGGCGGAAAAUUCGAGACACAAUCACGUAACGGAACACACACGUUGAAGAUCAGCAAGAUCGAGAUGAACGAGGCCGAUGUUUAUGAGAUUGAUCAAGCUGGGUUUGAAGGGUUCGUGUAAUGUGGCAGUUCUAGAGGCCGAGAAGCGACCGAUUCUGAAUUGGAAGCCAAAGAAGAUUGAGGCAAAAGCCGGCGAGCCAUGCAUUGUUAAGGUACCAUUCCAAAUCAAGGGUACAAGACGGGGAGAUCCGAAGGCAAAUAUUUUACGAAACGGUAAACCCAUCGAUGAGGAGAUGAAGAAACUCAUCGAAGUUGUCAUCAAAGACGAUGUCGCUGAAAUCAUCUUCAAAGAUCCACAACUCGCCGACACCGGAAAAUGGGCUUUGGAGCUUGGAAACUCUGCCGGUACUGCUCUUGCACCAUUCGAACUUUUUGUUAAGGACAAGCCCAAGCCACCCAAGGGCCCCCUGGAGACCAAAAACAUUACCGCCGAGGGUUUGGAUCUUGGUUUGGGGGACCCCUGA